AUGAAACGUUUCAAUUGUUUUAAUUUACGUUCCUUUGGUUUUAUUGUUGCCGGCUUUGAUAUUAUUUUGGGCUUAUGUACGUUGGCAAUUUGCUCUUACUACCUAUGGACGGAUUAUGUGCAUGUAUCGUAUUGGCCGCAGGAUGAGGUGAAAAUAUUGAGUCCUCUAAGCAAUUUCAUUGCAAUAGUGGUUGAUUAUGUACUCGUACAUAACUUCUCUAAUGCAUUCUAUAUGGUCUUGGCUGUUAUAAUUUGGAUUAAAUCAUUAAUUAAUUUAAUAGUUGCUUCCAUACUUAUGGAUGGUAUCAGAAAGCAACGUCUUAUUUGCAUUACACCCUGGCUUAUUAAUACAAUAAUUUCGAUUCUCAUUGAGAUAGCCGUAUUUGUUUUCAUGGAAAUUAAAAUGAAUGAAUUUGAAGAGGGUAUUGCAUUGGAUCGACGCAUUGUGCACAGUGUCAUCUUCGGUGUAUUUAUGGUUUUUAAUGCACUCUCUGUAUUCGGCAUCUUUGCAUUAUAUAAAAUGCUGAAGGCCACCGCUAAUGAGAAUCGUACGCUACAGGAGAGUAUUGUGGAAGCAGCUGGACUUUAUCAGCAUGUUAAAGUUUAAAUUUAUAAAUAUUUGUUCGUAACAAGUUUUCGCAACAUUUUGCAUGAAACUAAUGGAUGAAUCAAUUUGAUUAUGUAUGUAUUAUUGUUGGACAAUGCAUUUAUUUUGGAAGGCAAGUGUAAAAUUAAAUAUAAAAUUAAA